AUGUCGGCCAAUCCACCGAUUCUCACCAUCCCGCGGCAGCGCCCGGAGCCGGAGGAGCAUAUUCACCGGUACCUUGACUCGAUCCACCAGCACCAGCCCGAGCACAUCGUCGAGGGCCACAGACAGUUCAGAAAGGAGGAAGAGAACGGAUUCUCGGAAGUUGCGAGCUAUUGGGCGCGAGGGGACAGCAGCAGUCAGGGGAAGUUUAGCGAGGAGGUGAUGGGUAGAAGAGGGAGGGCGGGAUCUUCGCCACCCAGAAUGGGCCCCUCAAGGGGAGUAGAGAGGCACACGAGGGAGCUAAGGACGUAUGCCUCUGUACCUGCGCCCAUUGAGCCGCCGGUCAGGAGGAGUAUGGGCGUCCGAAAGGCAUUGGAUGAGCGGUUCGAGGGAAACCUGGAGAUAGCUGAGCGCUGGGAGCAACGCACCGCUCGCAGACGAGAGAAAGCUGCUAUUCGCCGGCCGCACCCGCCUUCCCCUCCCCCACCACUGACGACCCAGCUCAAACGGCUCGCCUCGAAUCAAGGAGGGUCAGAAUGGUCCGGAUCUCAAUCCCAAGAGAUGCUGCCUCCGAAGAGAAGGGGCCAGAGGGAUGGUAUGGACGUGAUCAGGCACUUCGAAGCGAGUAACGUGGCGGUGAAGAGGUUGACCAUGCGUCCUGAGAAGACCAAAGGCUUCCUCGGUCGGGGCGUGGCUUCAGCGCCGGCGAGACCAACCAAGCGAAGGAUCACCUCUUAUGAUGAUCAAGGCGAGUUUUCCUAUUCUGACCGCUAA